AUGCACUGUCCGAUGGUAGCUGGGGGAGGCACGGGGUGGGGGAAGGGGCCUCAGGGGAGAGGAGGGAUGGAUGGUGGGGUGGUGAGGGUGAGAUUGAGGAGAGUCACAAGCGGUAGCCUCACUCACCUCGUGGGGGUCGUGGCAGCGGUACCCUCACUCACCUCGUGGGGGCCGUGGCAGCGGGACCCUCACUCACCUUGUGGGGGUCGUGGCAGCGGUAGCCUCACUCACCUCGUGGGGGUCGUAGCAGCGGUUCCCUCACUCACCUCGUGGGGGUCGUGGCAGAGGGACCCUCACUCACCUCGUGGGGGUCGUGGCAGCGGUAGCCUCAAUCACCUCGUGGGGGUCGUGGCAGCGGUAGCCUCACUCACCUCGUGGGGGUCGUGGCAGCGGUACCCUCACUCACCUCGUGGGGGUCGUGGCAGCGGUAGCCUCACUCACCUCGUGGGGGUCGUGGCAGCGGUAGCCUCACUCACCUCGUGGGGGUCGUGGCAGCGGUACCCUCACUCACCUCGUGGGGGUCGUGGCAGCGGUAGCCUCAAUCACCUCGUGGGGGUCGUGGCAGCGGUAGCCUCACUCACCUCGUGGGGGUCGUGGCAGCGGUACCCUCACUCACCUCGUGGGGGUCGUGGCAGCGGUAGCCUCACUCACCUCGUGGGGGUCGUGGCAGCGGUAGCCUCACUCACCUCGUGGGGGUCGUGGCAGCGGUACCCUCACUCACCUCGUGGGGGUCGUGGCAGCGGUAGUCUCACUCACCUCGUGGGGGUCGUGGCAGCGGUAGCCUUACUCACCUCGUGGGGGUCGUGGCAGCGGUACCCUCACUCACCUCGUGGGGGUCGUGGCAGCGGUACCCUCACUCACCUCGUGGGGGUCGUGGCAGCGCCUCACUCACUUCGUGUGGGUCGUGGCAGCGGUAGUCUCACUCACCUCGUGGGGGUCGUGGCAGCGGUACCCUCACUCACCUCGUGGGGGUCGUGGCAGCGGUACCCUCACUCACCUCGUGGGGGUCGUGGCAGCGGUACCCUCACUCACCUCGUGGGGGUCGUGGCAGCGGUAGCCUCACUCACCUCGUGGGGAUCGUGGCAGCGGUGGCCUCACUCACCUCGUGGGGGUCAUGGCAGCGGUACCCUCACUCACCUCGUGGGGGUCGUGGCAGCGGUAGCCUCACUCACCUCGUGGGGGUCGUGGCAGCGGUACCCUCACUCACCUCGUGGGGGUCGUGGCAGCGGUAGCCUCACUCACCUCGUGGGGGUCGUGGCAGCGGUACCCUCACUCACCUCGUGGGGGUCGUGGCAGCGGUACCCUCACUCACCUAGUGGGGGUCGUGGCAGCGGUAGCCUCACUCACCUCGUGGGGGUCGUGGCAGCGGUAGCCUCACUCACCUCGUGGGGGUCGUGGCAGCGGUACCCUCACUCACCUCGUGGGGGUCGUGGCAGCGGUACCCUCACUCACCUCGUGGGGGUCGUGGCAGCGGUAGCCUUACUCACCUCGUGGGGGUCGUGGCAGCGGUACCCUCACUCACCUCGUGGGGGUCGUGGCAGCGGUACCCUCACUCACCUCGUGGGGGUCGUGGCAGCGGUAGUCUCACUCACCUCGUGGGGGUCGUGGCAGCGCGGUACCCUCACUCACCUCGUGGGGGUCGUGGCAGCGGGAGCCUCACUCACCUCGUGGGGGUCGUGGCAGCGGUACCCUCACUCACCUCGUGGGGGUCGUGGCAGCGGUAGCCUCACUCACCUCGUGGGGAUCGUGGCAGCGGUGGCCUCACUCACCUCGUGGGGGUCAUGGCAGCGGUACCCUCACUCACCUCGUGGGGGUCGUGGCAGCGGUAGCCUCACUCACCUCGUGGGGGUCGUGGCAGCGGUACCCUCACUCACCUCGUGGGGGUCGUGGCAGCGGUACCCUCACUCACCUCGUGGGGGUCGUGGCAGCGGUAGCCUCACUCACCUCGUGGGGGUAGUGGCAGCGGUACCCUCACUCACCUCGUGGGGGUCGUGGCAGCGGUAG